AUGCCUGUCCCUUCAGACACCCCCCGCUCCGCCGACGAGGGCGCCCUCCGCGUCCUGGUCACUGGAUACGGCCCUUUCCGUUCAGUCAAAGUGAACCCAUCAUGGCUCGCCGUCAAGCCGCUGCAUAACACCCUCAUUUACACCAACGGCGACAGCCCUACUCCCAUUCACAUCACGGCACUCGAGGUGCCCACAACCUACGAUGCCGUCCUGUCCAUAGUCCCCGGCUUACAUGCAAGGCCACCAGUCGUGCCCACACCGAAGGACCCUGCCUUCGCUGUCGUGUCGCCUCCCGCCGAGGGGUACGACUUCAUCCUCCAUAUUGGCGUCAUGAGCAGCAGAGGCGUCCCGAUACGCAUCGAGCAGUUGGGUCACAAGUACGGUUACGACCAGGAAGAUGCGGAAGGAGAGUACUGUGUUGUGGUAGGAGAAGAAGAUGGCGAAGGAGUGCGUGGCUUUUGUAAGGGGUACGAGGAGUACCCGGAACAACUCCUCACGCCUGUCGAUUGUGCAAGGCUCAUCGAGCACUUGAAAGCGACCGGCUUUGAGCACGUCGCGCCGUCGCUGGAUGCAGGCCGCUACCUGUGCGACUUCAUCAACUAUUGCUCCCUCGCAGAGUCCAGACGCACAGCUGCGACUGGCGGAAAGAGCACUCCGGCUCUAUUCAUCCAUAUCCCCGGAGUGGACCACAUCAGUACCGACGAAGUUACGGCGGUGUUGAGAAGUACCAUAUCGUGGGUGUGCAGAUGAAGUGCGGAUCGGGAUUAUUGCCGGUCCCAUUGCUGUGUACCCUUAGGUCCAUAUCCAGUUUGACAUCUUGCAAUAUAGAGCAAAGUUUCUCUGCGUGAGUCUCGCAC